UAGAGGAAAGAGCACUCUUUUUCACAAGAUUGCUUAUGAUUGGGCAGUGGGAUCUAAGGGAAUCCUUCAAAAAUAUAAAAUGGUCUUUCUUUUGAAAAUGCAUUACGUGGAGCAGGCGUCAGAUCUCAUUGGUGCAGUGUUUGACCAACUCAUAGCUGAAAACAUUGCUAAACACAUAGACAAAGGUGCUCUGCAGUCAUAUAUUGAGAAGAAUGCCGACAAAGUCCUCAUUCUUCUGGAUGGCUUUGAUGAGUUGAAGACCACCUCCCUCAGCGAAUCCUCAUUCGGUUCCAUACUGAAGCUCCUGAGUAGAAAGUCAUAUAGAGGCUGUACUGUCCUUGUCAGCACACGCCCCUCACACUAUGACAGAUUGGUAACAAAGGAACUGGUUCAAGAACCUUUCACACAUGUCACUGUCCUGGGGUUCAACAACAAGGACAUGAGAGAUUAUGCCAAGAGAUAUUACUCUGAUGAACCUGACAAAGCUGAGGGGCUUCUAGAAAGGAUUGAAUCCUCUAACCUUCUCUCCACUUUGGCAUUGAGUCCAAUGCUGCUUCUUCUGAUGUGUCUAUUGUGGAGAGACAGGUCCACACUCCCAGAAACAAUGUCACGCCUUUAUCAAGAUGCAAUUGAAUACAUUGCACACAGAAAAAAGGUUUCAGAAGAAGAAAUGUCCAGAGUUGUGAUAGCACUUGGCAAGGUUGGUUUACGUGGCCUUCUCGCUUCAGAUCAAGAGCUGACUUUCAAGGAAAGUGAUUUUGAGCAGAAUCUUUCCACAGCUCUAAAAGUAGGUAUUCUGACAAGACAGAGAGUCUGUAAGAGACUAAAGCCUUACAACAGUGUGCAGUUCAUUCAUAAGACAUUCCAGGAAUUUUCUGCUGCUGCGUACUUGCAUGACAUGUUUAAAGGGAGCAAAGAGGAAUUUCAGAGGACUCUGAAUGAAAUCAUGUCAAAGGACCCAUUGGAUUUUGAGUACCUUCUGCGCUUUUGUUGUGGUCACAAUGAGGCAUGUACAUUUAAGAUACUGAAGGUAUUUCAGGAGAGGCAUCAGAAGGAUUUGUCAUUUGACAGUAAUGUGGGUCAGUUGGCACUUCACUGUUACUUUGAAGGUCAGUGCGAAUGUUUGCCUCCCAAAGAAUUCAUAGAUUCAUUUCUGACUGAUGACAUUUCCAUACACAGUGAUAAUUUUAACAGUGAUAUUUGUAACUCGAUUAAAUACUUUGUGCAGUGUAUUGCUGAGCUGGCAAAGGACAGCGGGAAUACUGACAUUGUCAAAGAAGGCAGAGUGGAAAUCAGGGUAGAGUGGGAUGAAUCAAAUGUUAUUGAGGCACUCAGUGGUCUACCCAACUUGGUUACAUUGGAUCUUUCUGUUUUUAUACUAUGUGGCACAGUAGCAUUAUGGUGCAAGCAGUUGGGGCAGUGCAAGGCAGUGCAGCACCUGCACUUGCGGGGCUGCAGAUUGAAUGGACAGGACAUGGUACAUGUUGCUGAGUCACUCAGGGGUCUACCCAACUUGGCUACAUUGAACCUUUCUGGUUUAAAGCUGAAUCGUAAAGCAGCAUUGUGGUCAAAGCACUUGGGGCAGUGCAAGGCACUGCAGCACCUGCACUUGAGGCGCUGCUCAUUGAAUGGAAAGGACAUGGUACGUGUUGCCGAGUCACUCCGUGGUUUACCGAACUUGGUUACAUUGAAUCUGUCUGGUAUCAAGCUGGAUGGUAAAGCAGCAUUGUGGUCAAAGCACUUAGGGCAGUGCAAGGCACUGCAGCACCUGGACUUGAGUUGCUGCAAAUUGAAUGGAAAGCACAUGGUACAUGUUGCCGAGUCACUCCGUGGUCUACCGAACUUGGUUACAUUGGAUCUUUCUGGUAACAACCUGGGUUGUAAAGGAGCAUUAUGGUCAAUGCACUUGGGGCAGUGCAAGGCACUGCAGCACCUGGACUUGAGUUGCUGCUCAUCGAUAAAACAGGAAAUGGUACAUGUUGGUGAGUCACUCAGUGGUCUAACCAACUUGGUUACAUUUAAGCUUUCUAGGAAUUACUUGGGUGGUACAGUAGCAUCAUGGUUCAACCAUUUGAGACAGUGCAAGGCACUGCAAGACGUAGACUUGAGUGACUGCUCAUUGAAUGAACAGGACGUGUUGCAUGUUGCUGAGUCACCCAGUGGUCUACCCAACUUGGUUACAUUGAAUCUUUCUAGGAUUUACUUGGGUGGUACAGCAGCAUCAUGGUGCAAGCAGUUGGGGCAGUGCAAGGCACUGCAGAACUUGAACCUAAUAGAGUGCUUCUUGAAUGGACAGGACAUGGUACAUAUUGCUGAGUCACUCAGGGGUCUAUCCAACCCGGUUAGAUUGGAUCUUACUGGGAAUGACCUGGGUGGUAGAGCAGCAUCAUGGGGCAAGCAGUUGGGGAAGUGCAAGGCACUGCAGCAUCUGGACUUGAUCAGCUGCAGACUGAAUGGACAGGGCAUGGUACAUGUUGCUGAGUCACUCACUGGUCUACCCAACUUGGUUAGAUUGAAUGUUUCCAGGAAUGACCUGUAUGGUACAGCAGCAUUAUGGUGCAAGCAGUUGGGGCAGUGCAACGCACUGGAGGACCUGGACUUGAGUGGCUGCGAAUUGAAUGGACAGGACAUGGUACAUGUUGCUGAGUCACUCAGUUGUCUACCCAACUUGGUUACAUUGAGACUUUGGGGGAAUGACCUGUAUGGUACAGCAGAAUCAUGGUGCAAGCAGCUGGGGCAGUGCGAGGCACUGCAGGACCUGGACUUGAGUUACUGCUCAUUGAAUGGACAGGACAUGGUACAUGUUGCUGAGUCACUCUGUGGUCUACCCAACCUGGUUAGAUUGAAUCUUUCUGAGAAUGACGUGGCCAGUAAAGCAGCAUUGUUUUGUGCAGAGUUAAAGAAGUUCAAGGCCCUCGAGUAUCUGAUGCUCAGGGACCUUGAGGUGACAGAGGAAGAGAAAAGGCAUAUCAAUGAAUUAUUGGCAGAGACCAACAUUGACGUCGAUUAGCCCAUUUUCUCUUUAUGUUUGAAACAGCCGAGGAAAGGAAAACAAUUGAACUUAUAAGAAGUAAUGCUGUUUUCGAAUACACAAGAAAUAUUACAUCAUGACAAUCCAAAUUGCGCUGUAUACUGGCCAUGAAUUAUUGCAGAAUUUCAUGCAAGUGGUCACACAAUGACAAGUACCCACAUGUACAUGUGCAUGUACAGGU